AACUUCAAUACGUGGCUGCAUCUCGCAUCCCGAAUAUUUGGCCUACGUGCCAUACAUAUAGGCAGAGCUCAGCAGAUUUUAAUAUCCUGUAUCCAGGUCCUGCAAAUUGAAUUUCCUAUGAAUCAUGAGGUUUUCAUGGAUGCAAAAAUCAUACGAUUGCCCAAAAGUCAACCUUUACCAAUAGAAUUUAAUUGUUAUUUUACACGGAUGAGUUUAACUGUUUUGUAGUUUUAGAACCUGACCCGAAUACUUAAAACUUUCACUUUCUUGUCAGAAUCAUUUUUUUUGCAUUUCCAAUUUCCCAGACACAACAACAAAACCCAUAAGCAAAGACCACCUUCAGAAAUUGAGCUCAUAUAUUUUUUUGAUCAUGGCAUUCAAGUUGAACGAUUAUAAUGCUUUUUUGACGUCUUUAGUGGAAAGAGAGAAGCUGGAUACUUCUAGGCCCGAAUCAAAAAAUAUGACUGAAACAUUGAAUUCCCCCACUGAUGAUAUUGCCCUUAUGGAUCAACAAGAUCCGAUGAACUCCACGUAUUCUCGACUUCCCAUCGACUUUGACUUUGGCCUAAACCAAGAAAUAGAUUUUCUGGAUGACCUCGAUCCCCAAUCUACAAUGAACCUUAAUAUGAAUGAUGAUAAUGACCUUUCUAAGCGCAGCUAUAAUCCCAGUAGCAAGCUUACCAAUAAUGCCAGCACCACCUCAACUAACAGAGCCUCCAGUAACUCUACCAAUAAUACUUCCGAUAUGGAUCCUCCUUUGAAGCAGGAAGAUAUUUUUUUUCCAAGGCAAGCAUCAGCUCCUGCUUUAGAAAGUAAUUUUGAAUCUGUUCCAAGUUCCUCUAAUUACAGAAUUCCCAUACAGAUAAAAAACGAAUCCUCAGAUGAUGAAUUAAUGUCUCCAAACUUGGAUUUACCCGAUGGAUUCUGUGAUAACUUUGAUAACAUCAACACUCUUGACCGUCAGCAUUCCAAUACGCCCACUGAUGAUUUCAGUCGAAGAAGAGACUCGAGGCCACUUGUCCAAAAAAGUGGGGGUGAAGGAUUAGGAUAUGGCUCUAUGACUAAGUCUUACAGGCCCAGAUUGCGUUCUUCUCAUAAUGUUAUCGAACAAAGAUAUAGGAACAAGAUUAAUGAUAAAUUCAAUGCAUUACUGAAUUCUGUCCCUACGUUACGGGUGGCAACUAAAAGGAAAACCAAGAAUCCAGACCACAUGGAUAAUGAUGAGUUUGAUGAACACUACUAUCUGUCAUCUGACGAAUCGCCAGAUUUGGAAGGUUUAGAGCCUGCUAGAAAGUUGAACAAAGGAGUGAUUUUAAGUAAGUCCGUGGAGUACAUCAGAUUUCUCGAGUUGAAAAACGACAGAAUGAGAGAAAAGAACCACGAGUUACUUGAGAAGGCUAGAUUGUUGGGAAUACCCUUGGACAAAUUGUAAUACUUCAUAAUAACUCUGUGAUGCUUAAUGAUAGCCACUUCCCUUAUUUAGGUAGAAAUAAUACACAUGAAAUGACUUGAGGAAGGCUAUUUAUUGAAUAUUGUACUGAACCGACCAACGAGAAGUAUCAUAUUUACAUGAGACCUAACUGGUGCAAAAUAUUCCCUACUUUUAGUCGUAUAAUUAGCUUAUUUUGAAUCGUAUUAUUAUCACCUCAUUCCUAAAU